CAUUUUUUACACUGAACAAAGUGUGUAAGAGUGAAGAACGCACAGGAACAACAACACACCCUACACACUCAGCUAUAAGUCAUCAUGUUGGUACUACUAGCUGGUAUUUUUCUCCUUCAUAUUACUUCAUUCAUUCUCCUGCUUGCUUGCACCAUCGAAAAUGCCUGGUGGAAGACUGAAACCAUGUCCACUGAUAUUUGGGGACGCUGGCUGUGGAGCAACAAUCAUUGGAACUUCACAGAUGUUCCUGAAUCCUAUCCUGCAGAUUACCUGCAGGCAGUGCAGGCUAGCACUGUGUUAGCGUGUGUGUUCUCAGGGAUCGGAGUGUUUGUGUUCCUGGCUCAGCUCUUCACUCUGCCUAAAGGAAGACGCUUCACUUUUUCUGGAAUCUUUCAGUUGCUGGCAUGUCUGUGUAUCAUGAUCGCUGCCACCAUCUACACAGAUAAAUUCCACAGAAAUGAUUUUGGAGACUACGGUCCGAGUUUCAUCAUCGCCUGGGUCGCCUUCGCCCUGACCUUCAUCUCCUGCGUCAUCUACUUCAUCCUGCGCAAGAAAACCACCUGAACACUCUUACAUGCACAAUCUAUUAACCUCUACAUACACUCACACUACUAACUAGCCUACCAGAUUCAUGCUCAUUAUUAUUAAUGUGUACAGAGGAAAUUACAGUGCAUGGGGGAUGUAUUUGUAACCCAAAAAACGUACAAAAUGAAAGUGAAUGUGUGUGUAGAAUUGUGCACAUAAUCGGAACAUUUAUGAGUUUUUAUUUCUUCAUUUGUUUUAAAGAAUUUAUGAAAAUUGUGUAUUAGGAGUUUAACUGUUACAACUCCUUGUAAAUGUGUGAGUCUAAAACGUAUUCCAGGAUAUAAUGUUCCACUUUUAUAAUGCUAUGAAUAUUUUUAUAUUGUGGGUGGUAAAUGUUUUAAAUGUAAAAUAACUGGAACCAAAAAUAUCCUCUUAAAGAAAAAAUAUUCCUGAAGACUGUAUACAUUUUUUUAUGGUGCUUAAUUGAUUACAUGUAAUACACAAUUCAUUAAAAUAACACAUUUGAUUGCAAUUAAUCUGUUUAAUUAAAGAAUUCCUUCAAUUUAUUUGGUCCAGUUAGCAAUUCAGUAUUUACUUUCUUAGCUAUGCAUUCAGUCACCAGAUUUUUAAAAUACUACCCUCUUAAAUUAAUGUGUGCCAUGGUUUUUCAUUUUUAGAUUUGCUUGCCUAAGAUGGUUUCCAGCUGGUGGAACCCUAACCCUAAAGCCAGAGUCUCUCUUUCAGGAAAAUAAAUAAUUACUUCAUUGAAAUACUAAAUUCUGAUUGAAAUUAAUCUGUUUAGUUAGUAAUUCAGUGUUUACUUUCUUAGCUAUUCAAUCAGUCACCAGAUUUUUAAACAUACUUUGAUCCAUCAAGAUAACUUUGUGUUUAUAAAUGAUAAAAUAAAAACAACAGAGAGUUACUGCAGCUACCCUCUUAAAUUAAUGUGUGUCAUGGUUUUUCAUUUUUAGAUUUGCUUGCCCAAGUUUUCCAGCUGGUAGAACCCUGACCCUAGCCCAACCUGACCAGCAUUUAAAAUGCAUCUAAAAGCAUCAAACCAGACAAUCCUGAGCAGCCUUUACUAUUCUAAAUCAGCUUGUUCUUUUGAAUCUAUUGCACUGCAGUACAAACAGUCUCUCCUUCAGGGCAAUGCAGUAAUGCAGCUUAGCUAUUGGUCAAAAGGCAAAUUUACAUAUCCAUUUAUUUUUCAAGCUUUGUGUUAGAUGUCUGUGCUGUAGAAUUGCUUAUUUUGCUAAACACAACUGAUAUGACAGCAAGAUCUCUUGUUAAAAUCUGCCAGAAUAGAAAGCUAAUCUAAUGUGACUAAUCUGUAUGAAUCUGUAUAAACACUACACAGUCAAUACAGGGUAGAAAUAACAUUACAUGUGCCAUACAAAUGCUUUUACCACCAACGUACAAUAACAUUAUAAUAUUCUAAUAUCAUUUAAAAUAUUUGGUUGUACACUAUACACUUGGUACAACCAGUUACAUGUUAUAACCAAAAUAAAUAAAUAAAUGAAAAUAAAUAAAAAACAAAAAAGUAAAAGCUUCUACCAGCAAUAAAAUCAUUUCUAUAAUGUCAUAUUUUGUUCAAAACAAAGUUAGAUUGUAUGUUAACAGCAGUAAAAUGUGUACAUUUUAAAUAAUCGUCCAGAACACUAUA